AUGUCUAGCUCAUCGACUCCCCAACGCGACGUUCAGCUCCUGGAAAUCGGCAAACAAUGCUCUGCUUCAUCGUGUCUCUUGGUGGACUUCUUGUCAUUCAAAUGCCAAUACUGUAAACAUUCUUUCUGUCGUGAGCAUUACCUCCCGGAUGCGCAUAAAUGCGAUCAAUACGAUGCGACCAAAGCUAACCGGGUAGCGCCGCCUUGCCCACUUUGUAACACCCCUGUGGCAAUCCCUCCUGGGCAGGAUCCCAACGUUCGAAUGGAGGCUCACAUCAACACGGAAUGUUCUGUCAUGACUGGAAAGUCUCGCAAGUCCUCCACUCCCACUUGUGCGAGGCCAAAGUGCGGAAAAGUGUUGUUCUCUCCAAUCCCAUGUGACAAAUGCAAGCAGCAGUUCUGCCCGCAGCACCGGUUUCCUGCAUCCCAUAAAUGCGGUUCGUUGGCUACGUCCACAAAGCCAUCAUCUACAACGACAGAGCAGCGGCUCGCCAACGUCUCGGCGCAGACAUCAGUGAUCAGUGCUGCUGCUGUCACUGCCAUUCAGCGCGCCAUGGCGUCGGCGAACUCGUCGUCAAGUUCGUUGACGUCUCGUGGAUUGACACCUAUAAUGCAGGCUCGCCCGCAGCCCCCGCCAGUCUCGCAGACUUCGACAUCAUCUUCAUCAUCCUCAUCGCGAAGCAAUCCGUUCUCGCAGACUGAUAGGUGA